AAUUUUGCUGCUGGCGGACAGCAAGCACAACAGCCGCAGCAGGCGCCUACUUUUGAGAAGCAUUUAACAGACUAUGAAGAGUGCAAGGAAGAUGUGCAUAAGUACUGUUCACGACCAGGACUCGAUCUCAAGAGUGAUAUGGCGAUCCUGGAUUGUCUUCAAUACGUGAAACUGAGUGAGACCGAACUUCUCACUGCGCCUUGUGAGCAUCUCGUCUGGGAGUUCAAGGUGAAUUUGACACAAGAUGAGCGAUUCCGAUUCGCAGCGCAAGAGUUCUGCCGUGACGAGAUAGCCACCAGACCGGUGAUGGCGCAAUGCCUGCAGAAGACGCAGCCUGGCUAUGCGCUGUCCUGUCUCGUCGAUACCGCCUACAACAUCUAUGACACUCGACAGAAACUGCCCCGCGAGACAAGAUGUUUCCAGUUUUUGGGUAAGUCCCAUCAUUGCCUUUAGCU